GUCGAAUUUCAAAUUUGAAAAUUUUUGAUUUUGUUAGCUUUUUGGUUAUUGAGAAUGCCUUCGAAAUAUUGUUGUGUUCCUAAAUGCUACAAUAAAGAUGAUAAAUGCUAUAGAAUAACAGAAAUCAAGGACGCUCAAAAAAUUUGGAUUGAGAGAAUUGGAAAUCCAGACCUAGCAAAUUUGCGUCAUGCAUCAAGUGCAAGUAUUUGUAGGAAGCAUUUUCAUGCAGAUUGCAUAGGCUCAGAUGGAAAAUUGAACAGAUUUGCACUUCCUACACUGAAUUUACCAGAGUACGUGAAUAGUCGUCCAAAUGACGAUUUGUUUUUAUAUUCACCAAUUGCAUCUAAGCCAGACUCGUCCAGGAAAAUGCAAGAUUCCAUGAAAACCAUCUAUUUAUUGGACGAGGUACCGGAUCUAAAGGUUCACGUUCCCAAGAAGGUAUAUACCAGGGAUGUUAUUGGGAACGAAUUGGCAGGUCCCAGCAGACAUACAGAAGUCUCGGAACUGGAAUCAAGUGAGGUGCAGAUUGGAACAGAAACCAAUCUUAUCGAGGAUAUUCCUACAUCUGAAGAGCUUCCUAGUACCAGCAGAGAUACAAGAGGUUCUUAUUGUUGCUAUAUACUAAAUUAACUACUUUCUUGUUUUGUUUAUUCUUUAUAUAAAAUCAUUCAUCAAGAUCAUUUUUCAGACUUUGAACCAAUAGAUAGUUUGCCAAAAAUGGUAAAAA